AUGCAUCUCCUAAUGGAACUUUGCCUUGCUGUUUCUUCGGUCGUGGGAGCAGGAAAAUCCACGCUGCUGGCGGGCAUUUUGGGAGACGCUGAGUUGAUGGGGGGAGAGUUGGUGUGCCAAGCAGAGAAUAUCGCAUAUGCUGCUCAGAAGCCGUUUAUCAUGGCUGGAACACUCAAGGACAACAUCAUCUUUGGCCGUCCAUUCCAAGCAGAUCUCUACAACCAGGUGUUAGACGCAUGCGCCUUGCGUCGAGACAUAGCCAACUGGCCGCGAGGGGACCUCACGGAGAUCGGCGAACGAGGCGUGAACCUGAGCGGCGGGCAGAAGGCGCGGGUGGGGCUGGCGCGGGCAGCAUACGCCGUAGACGCUGCUCUAUUGCUGCUGGAUGACCCGCUCUCUGCGGUGGACCCGGCUGUGGGGCGGCACCUGUUUGAGCAGUGCAUUCGGGGGGUGAUGAGUGGAAGGCCCAGGAUUGUUGUCACUCACCAGCUGCAGUACCUGCCCAGUGGGAGUAAGAAGAAGAACGUCGUUUCUGGUGAAAGCAGGAGCUCGCCCGUCACUAGUGGUGGGGAUAUUAUCCCCUCUGCAAAUGCUGCAGCUUUAACCCAACCAGCAGCACCGGAAUCAGCAGCAGCUGCAGCACCCGCACCAGCAGCAGCAGCAGGAGCAGCAGGAGCAGCAGAAAGCAGCCAGCACAGCGCUCACCCCGCAUCCACCUGUGCUCUUUCCUCCUCUCAGCAUGAGCUGACUUUUGAGUCGACUCAAAAUGCAGCAGAAAGCAGCCAGCACAGCGCUCACCCCGCAUCCACCUGUGCUCUUUCCUCCUCUCAGCAUGAGCUGACUUUUGAGUCGACUCAAAAUGCAGCAGAAAGCAGCCAGCACAGCGCUCACCCCGCAUCCACCUGUGCUCUUUCCUCCUCUCAGCAUGACCCAAGCUUCCAAGAGCGGCUGCUGCGGCGGCUUCGCAGCAUGACCCAGCGAGACCGGUCGCUAGGGCGCAGUGGCAGCAGCAGGGGGGGAGGGGGAGGAGGGCCGAAGCUGUCCCGCAGCCGUAGCAUCAUGGGGAGCUUCGUGCACAGGCAGCCGAGAGAGGGGGACGGGGAGGAGGGGGAUGGAGAGGGGGAGGAAGGAGGGGAUGGGAGAGGGAAAGGGGGUGGUGAGGGGACUGAGGAAGAUGACGUGGGACAAGGGCUGGUGCAGAAGGAGCGGAAGGAGGAGGGCAUGGUGAGCCUGCGAGUGUACCUGGGAUAUGCAAAGAGGGUGGGCUUGUGGCAGUCGCUGCUGCUCGUCCUCCUCCUCGCCCUUGGACAAACCCUUGCCUGUGCCGGCGACUGGUUCCUGGCCUUCUGGUCCCAGAAAAAGGACCAAUCCGGUCCAUACCGCCCCAUCUACACGGCGCUCGUCCUCACCGGAGUCGUCACCUCCUUCGUGCGCUCGGGCCUCUUCUUCCGGUGGUGUGUGCUCGCUGCCUCGCGCAUCCACUCCGCCAUGCUCGCCUGCAUGCUCGGCUCACCGCUCGCCUUCUUCCACGCCAACCCCAUCGGCCGGAUUCUCAACCGCUUCUCGGCGGACCAGGGGAUUCUGGAUGAUCUGCUGCCCUUCACGCUCUUCAACUACCUGCAGACGCUCAGCCUGGCGGUGGGCGCGAUAGUGAUGGUGGCACUGGGAGUGCCGUGGAUCCUCAUCCCCAUGGCCUUUCUCUUCCUGCUCUUCCUCCGCCUGCGCUACGUCUUCCUCUGCACGUCCCGUGAGGCCAAGCGACUGGAGGCCAUCACGCGCAGCCCUGUGUAUGCGCACUACGCUGCCACCAUCCAGGGCCUGACAACGAUCAGAGCGUUCGGAGCGCAGCAGCAGUCCGCCACCAUAUUCCACCGCCUCCUCAACGCCAACGGCCGCGCCUUCUACUGCUGGCUAGCAGCCUCCCGCUGGCUCGCCUUCCGUCUCGACACAAUCGUCUCAGCCGUCGUGUUCCUCGUCGCCACACUCGCCGUCGCGCUCAGAACCACCCUCCCGCCUGGCCUUGUGGCGCUGGCUCUCAGCUACACGCUGCAGAUGUCUGGCAUGCUGCAGUGGGCGGUCAGACAAGGAGCGGAGGUUGAGAACAUGUUCACGGGUGUUGAGCGAGCACUGGAGUACACACACUUACCACAGGAGGAGGGGUUGGAGAUGGGAGGACAGGAAGAGGGGCAGGGAGGCAGUGGGAAGGGAGGUGGCAACAAGAGGAGGAGUCGUCUCAAAGGGGGGCUCUGCGGGAAAAAUGAAAAGCAGAAGCGGUGGGAGGAGAAGGGCGAGCAGGGGAGAGGAGGAGGAGUGGAGGAGCAAGGGGAGGUGCCUCCUGGGUGGCCGAACGAGGGAGCAGUGAGGGUGCAGGGGUUGACAGUGCGGUAUAGACCCACCUUGGAUCCUGUGUUGCAGGACGUGAGCUUUCAACUACAGGGAGGGGAGAAGUGCGGCGUUGUGGGGCGCACCGGUGCCGGCAAGUCAACGCUCAUGCUCGCGCUGUUCCGUCUCGUGCAACCGUCCGGUGGCUGUAUCCUCAUAGACGGUGUCGACACUGCCACCAUCUCCCUCACGCGCCUUCGCAGAAAUGUUAUGGCAAUUCCUCAAGAUCCUGUGCUGUUUGGCAGCUCACUCCGAUUCAACCUCGAUCCUUUCAAUCAACACCCGGACGCAGCACUAUGGGAGGCGCUAGACGCAGUGCAGCUGAGAGGCAAGGCGGGCGGGCUGCAGAGAGGGCUGGAGGCGAGCAUGAGCGAGUUUGGGGAGAACUUUUCUGUGGGACAGCGGCAGCUCGUGUGCCUUGCACGUGCCGUGCUGCACCGCAGUCGCAUUCUGCUGAUGGACGAGGCGACAGCCAACGUGGACAUGGCCACAGACGCGCUCAUCCAAACCACCAUUCGCCGCCAGUUCGCUGCCAGCACCGUCAUCACCAUUGCGCACCGCCUACACACCAUCAUCGACGCGGAUAAGGUGUUGGUGCUAGAGCAGGGCCGCGUGGUGCAGUUUGGGUCACCGCAGCAGCUGGCAGCAGACCGAGUGGGUUCCUUCUCUCGCAUGAUCUCCAACACCGGCCGAUCUGCUGAGGCUUCCCUGCGCUCUGCUCUUGCCCGAGAUGGCUCGCUGCGAGAGGCUUCGCUAAGAGAUGCUUCAGUAAAGGAAGUAGCAGUGGGAGAUGUUUCGGGGGGAGAGGACGUGCCACGUGACAAGGAGGAUGUGAACAUUGAUGUGAUGCCUUUGGAGAGUGAUGGUUUGCUGCAUGAUAGGGAUUUGGCUGCGGAAGAUUGGGGUUGCGAUGAGGAUGGCAUAGCUGCUGGUAGUACCAAGGAAGAUGCAUGA